CGCAAGCCUGAUCAUGGUGGACCCGACCCGACCCGUACUGCUCUGGAGAAGAGGAAUCAGGAUCUGAAGCAGAGUGAAGAGAAGGUGAAGGCCGCAACUCUGAGCUCUGCACCAAGAGAGAGAUGAUCCAGGAGCUGGACCAGGAGAAACAGGAAGCAGAAGAGAGAUACGAGCGGACUCGGCAGCAGUACAGGGAUGAUGUGGUGCAUCGUGUCCGUGAGGAGCUCAUGCAAGAGCACACGGCUCACAUCGAGCAGCUCGCCAGCCAGCAUCUGCAGCACAAACAACAGCUCCAGUCAAAGUUGGCUGAUCUCAGUCAGGAGGUGUUAGCUGUGCAGGAAUGCUACAUUUCUGUUUGCAAAGAGAAGGACAAGCUGGAGGAAAAUCUCCAAAACAAGCUUGAAGAAGAGAAGAGAUUGAAAGAAAUUGAGGUAAAGAGGCGAGAGGAGAGUGAGGCUGCUCUGGAGUCGUUGAGGUCUGAGCUGGAGUGUCAGCAUCGGGAGGACGUGUCUCAGCUCGAAGCCCAGUGGAGGACACACACACACAGGCUGAGAUUGAGCUGCAGUUGGAGAAGUCCUGGGCUCAGAGGUUACAGGAAGCUGAGGAAGAGGUCCGGAAGGCCAGGCAGUCAGAUACCCGCGAGGGAGCGCGUCAGACCGGCUCGUCUGAGUCGGCGGAGCGGCUGAUUUCAGCGGAGGACCCGGAGGUCCGGCUCAGAGCUCAGAGAGAGAGCCUGCAGCAGGAGGCCUCGUCCGCCCAGGCCAGAGCCGUGGAGGAAUCAGUACGACACGCUGAGAGAGAGCUGCAGCAGAAGCGCUCCAGGUCUUAGGUUGCGAUAUCAAGGGCUCGUUCUCGAUGGCUCCAGGACUUGCCCUCCCUCCCAGAAUACAAAAGCUGCUUGCAGACAGAGAAGGAUGAAUGGGAGCGACUACAACAGCAGCAUGUCCAGGAACAGGUAUUUGUUGUAACGGACACAUCCAUGACGGCUAAACAGUCCGGUAUCAAACCUCAAGGCUUUGAACCAGAUUCCCUGAAGUCUGCAGUGAUCUGUGGAUCUAAAGACCCUGUUACGGUUGGUCGGGUAACUCAGAAACACACACACUUUCAAGAUAGUGUUUUUAAAAGCGAUGUCAGGACCCCUAAUAUCACACUGAGAAAGCAGAGCAGGGAAAUGUUCAUGGAGGGCUUUGAGUCCGGAAGAGCAGAACCAUCAGCCGGUCGAUCAUUCCUGAUUGAAGAAGCGCCUGUUCGGGAUGAAGGACAGAGUGACUGGAGUGUAACUAGUAAUGGCUCCAACUUUAUGAACUGACGUCCUCCUAUCCUGAGCCUGGGAAGCCUUUCUCAGUCAACGGCCCGUCCUUGGGUGCUUUGGACUUUGGAAGCUCCAUCGGUGAUAACUCUGAUGUUAAGAUAUACAAAGAGAUCGUUCAAGCUCCGUCUUACUCUAAACCCAGCGUGUGUGUGGACAGAAGAACAAAUAAACACAGAGAGCCAAUCCCUGGAUCUGAGGGAGAUGGUGUCUGGAAAAUGCGUCCAAAGAGCUUAUUUUCAGAGUUGAAAGUGUGUCAGCAGGACAGUGGGUUCGACAGCCCCUUGGCACAGCUUCAGGAAUGAGAUUUUGAUUUGUUUGUGCCUGUGCAAAUGAAGAGUUCAGAUGCAAAA